AUGGGCGACUUUACGGAUGUGGCAGGGGGGGACGUGCGCCUCAUGCUCGCCUGGAACCGACUCAUCCGCUCCCUCCGCAUUCUUGCCUCCUGCCUGCUUCCCAUGUUCGACUGCAUUCAUCUCUUUGGAUGCAGUGCCACUCACUCACUGCCAGGUGCCACUCACUCACUGCCAGGUGCCACUCACUCACUGCCAGGUGCCACUCACUCACUGCCAGGUGCCACUCACUCACUGCCAGGUGCCACUCACUCACUGCCAGGUGCCACUCACUUACUGCCAGGUGCCACUCACUCACUGCCAGGUGCCACCCACUCGCUGCCAGGUGCCACUCACUCGCUGCCACGUGCCACUCACUUACUGCCAGGUGCCACUCACUCACUGCCAGGUGCCACUCACUCGCUGCCAGGUGCCACUCACUCGCUGCCAGGUGCCACUCACUCGCUGCCAGGUGCCACUCACUCGCUGCCAGGUGCCACUCACUCGCUGCCAGGUGCCACUCACUCGCUGCCAGGUGCCACUCACUCACUGCCAGGUGCCACUCACUCACUGCCAGGUGCCACUCACUCGCUGCCUCGUAGACAACAAGCAACUACCAAAUGCGACUAG